AUGACGAUAGUGCUUGGAUUGAGGUUUUACCGCCCGGCCGACUUGCAUUGCGGGAAACUGGAAUGCCACGGAAAGUUUGAGUUGUUUGAGGGAAACAGCAGCGAUGAGAUUCAGAUAAACUCGGUCCGAAACAAAGUUCUAGUCUUCACACAUCAAGAGUAUCUACAGCUUCCUGCCGCGGAGCAGGAGAAUGGAACCAACUUUUUCUGCCGGUAUCACUACGACUUGUCGAGAAAAUCGUUUAUGCCUGUGCUGGACUCGCUUGUCAAGAAAAGGAGAGGAAACACACUUACAAAGGACAAGUCGACAAAAGACAGAUUGCUCGCUUUCUCCCACAACAAUGACAUGAGCAAUGCACUAGUAGAGACAUGCGCACCCGAAACAGCUCCUCUCCAAGAGAAAGACACUUGCAAGUUCGCCCGAGCGGAUGAAGCGCUUCAGUUGUCGACUACUCCAUCGUCUCUGCCCUGCCGAGAGGGAGAGCACGAAGAGAUCAAGGAGGUUCUGCGGGACGCGAUCGCUCGAGGGAAGUCGGGUGGAUGUAUAUACAUAUCAGGAGUUCCAGGGACAGGAAAGACAGCAAGUGUGCAUGCAGUGAUCAAGGACAUGAAAGCUGAAUCUGACAAGGGGUCUCUUGAACCCUUCAUCUACAUCGAGAUCAACGGGCAACGACUCCCCAAGCCCAACGUGUUGUACUCCGUACUCUUGCAGGGGUUGACAGGGAAGAAGACAGAUCCUGUUCAAGCAGCGAUCUCUCUUGAUUCUUAUUUCGGUUCUCGCUCGGGCCUGCGCCGACCAGUCUGCGUCUUGCUCGUGGAUGAGCUCGAUUAUCUCAUCACAAGAAAGCAGACUGUCCUCUAUAAUCUCUUCGAGUGGCCGACGCGCAAGCACGCAAGGUUGAUCGUUUUAGGAGGCCUUCGUCGCAUCACUUUUGCUCCUUACAACCAUCAGCAGCUCCAGGAGAUCAUCUCGUCUCGUCUCGCUGAUCUGGAGGCCUUCGACGCCAAGGCUGUGGAGUUGUGCUCUCGCAAGGUUGCUGCUGUCUCGGGUGAUGUCCGCAAGGCACUGCAACUCUGCCGAUAUGCAUGCGAGCUCGCCAGGCAAGACAAGUCAGACUUUGUCUCCCUCAAGCACAUCGAGAUGGCAGUGAAACAGUUGUUCAGCAACCCGUACGUCGCUGCCGUGCAAGGGUCUUCUCUGCUGGAGAAGAUUGUGAUUUGCUCAGCUGUGCAGCUUGACAGCCACAAUCGUCUUGCCGCCCCUGACGCAUGGUCAAAGAUGAAGGAAACGGGCGAUACAAACCUGUCUGUAGAGCACAUCCACGACCGAACUGUGGAAAUACACAGGCAGCUCAACUUCGAAGACCCUCCUUCCUCGCAGCUCUCAGCUGCUUGUGCCCGCCUGCAGGAGACAAGGGUAUUCACUCCACAGGGUGAUUGGUGGCGGCAAACCGACAAGGUGGCGGUGAACAUUCAAGGGGAUGAUGUGUGCUUCGCUCUACGUCAAGACAGCAUGCUUGCCAGCAUCGCCUCUGCUCUUGUUGGCUUUUGA